CUUUGCGACCAGUUUGCAAUAUAGCGUGCCUAUAAGUGGAGAGAGCCCAGCGAAUUAGGGUUUUAGCUGAGGCCUCAUUCUCCAUCGCAGCUGCACUCAGAUUAAAGGAGUCGAAAAAUGUCGCACAGGAAGUUUGAGCACCCAAGACACGGCUCCCUCGGUUUCUUGCCAAGGAAGCGGGCUGCUCGCCACAAGGGAAAGGUGAAGGCUUUCCCUAAGGAUGACCCAACCAAGCCUUGUAGGCUAACUGCCUUCUUGGGGUACAAGGCUGGAAUGACCCACAUUGUCCGAGAUGUGGAGAAACCUGGAUCAAAGCUUCACAAGAAGGAAACAUGCGAGGCUGUUACCAUCAUUGAAACACCGCCCAUGGUUAUUGUUGGAGUUGUUGGGUAUGUUAAGACUCCACGUGGUCUUCGCUGCUUGAACACUGUAUGGGCUCAGCAUCUCAGUGAAGAGAUUAGGAGAAGGUUCUACAAGAACUGGUGCAAGUCCAAGAAGAAGGCCUUUUCCAAGUAUUCAAAGAAAUUGGAGACUGAUGAAGGAAAGAAGGACAUCCAGUCACAGCUGGAGAAACUGAAGAAAUACUCUUGUGUCAUCCGUGUCUUGGCUCACACCCAAAUUAGGAAGAUGAAGGGGCUAAAGCAAAAGAAGGCACACUUGAUGGAAAUUCAAGUUAAUGGUGGAACUAUUGCUCAGAAGGUUGACUUUGCUUAUGGCUUCUUCGAGAAGCAGGUCCCUGUGGAUGCUGUAUUCCAGAAGGAUGAAAUGCUUGACAUCAUAGGUGUGACUAAGGGUAAGGGAUACGAAGGUGUUGUUACUCGUUGGGGUGUCACACGCCUUCCCCGCAAAACUCAUAGGGGUCUUCGUAAGGUGGCUUGUAUUGGUGCUUGGCAUCCUGCUAGAGUUUCCUUCACCGUUGCUAGGGCUGGUCAGAAUGGCUACCAUCACCGUACAGAAUUGAACAAGAAGGUCUACAAGCUUGGUAAGGCAGGAACUGAAGAGCACACUGCCAGUACUGAGUAUGACAGGACUGAGAAAGACGUUACACCAAUGGGUGGUUUCCCUCACUAUGGUGUGGUGAAGGAUGAUUACCUGAUGAUCAAGGGUGGUGUUGUUGGACCCAAGAAAAGGGUUGUCACCCUUCGUCAAUCUCUUCUGAAACAGACUUCUCGUGUUGCUCUGGAGGACAUCAAGCUUAAGUUUAUUGACACCUCCUCCAAGUUUGGACAUGGGCGAUUCCAGACAACCUCAGAGAAGCAGAAGUAUUACAACCGAGUGAAGGCCUGAGCAGUGUCUUGGCAUCCGAGAUAUUAGUUUUUUUAUCAGAUGGUUUUGCAGAAAAAUAUCCAUAAUUGUCUUAAUUUGCAUCAUGCUAUGUUCUGUUCAAAAUUCUGUCUUGCGACAUUGUUUUAAUCUAAAAUCUGCGCAAGGGAUAUUUUGCCUUGGAUUUUUAUAUAAA